UUAAUAAUCGGACGAUAAAAUGAGGGGGAAUAAUAGUUUAAGGAUAGUUUUUAGUUUGGUGAUAUUUGUAACAGUACUUCGUGCUUGCGCAGGUCAAAAUCUUAAUAAUACUGCGGUGUGGUGCACUGUGUCGGAAGAAGAGCAAAAUAAAUGCGAGGCAUUUGCGAGAGCGGUUGACAGAGCAAUUUCUUCGUUCAGAAAUUAUUACAUUUCUAUAAAAUGUAAGCAAGCAUUUAGCAAAGAGGAAUGUAUGGCUCUGCUGGAUUAUGAAAAAGCACACUUGACUUUGCUCGACGCUGGUGAAGUAUUUGUUGGUGGAAGAUAUCAUAGUUUGGUACCUAUAAUGCAAGAAAUCUAUGAAAGCGGAGUCAAUUAUCAGUAUGCCGUUGCUGUCGUAAAAAAGAAUUCCUUACCUGAUGUAUUACACAUUAGAGAUAUACGUGGAAAAAAAGCAUGUUUUGCUGGAGUUGGAACGUUAGCUGGUUGGGUCGCACCUAUUUAUACCUUAAUGAAGGACGGCGGCAUGGAAAUAAUAGACUGUAAUAAUCACGUGAAAUCUACAAUAAAAUUCUUUGGCCCAAGCUGCGCUAUUAAUUCAUUGAUUAACAAGUAUAAUCCAUUGGGUGAUAAUUCCGAUCAACUAUGUAAACUUUGCAUCGGCAAAGUUCCCGGAGGAAAAUGUACAAACGCAGAUCCUUACGCGGGCUACGAAGGCGCGUUCAGAUGCUUAGUCGAAGCUGGAGAUAUUGCAUUUCUCGUUCAUACGACUGUUAAUGAAAUGACGUCAACAAAUUUUGAUUUGAAUUCUGUAACGAAAGAUCAGUUUGAACUGCUUUGUCAAGAUGGUUCGCGUAAGCCUGUAGAUGAAUUUGCUAGUUGCAAUUGGGGAGAAAUUCCAUCGAAUGCUAUUGUGAUUUCGUCAGCAACAAAUCACGAUAAACGGAAGCUUUAUCAAAAAUUCCUCGAGGAAGCUGUUAAGAUUCUUGGAAAACAUGAAAACUCCACUAGCUCGUCCAAUAAUGAAUUUUACAAUAAUCGUUUUGACGGUAACCAGGGAAAGAAUUAUGAAAGCGAACAAGAUUUAGAAUACAAUCAGUACAAUAGAAAUCAAGAAAAUCGUAAUAACUAUAAUGACAUGGCCUCUUGGAAUUCAACAGGAUUCUUCGACAGAGAUAGAAACUUCUACAGUACUCCGGAAACUAAUAUCGAAACAAUCGAAAAAUUCUAUCUAUUUGAAUCUGCCCCGCGUUAUGGCAUUCACCAUAAUCUUUUAUUUUCAGAUUCAGCGAAAGAUUUUGUUCGUAUACAAGAAUCCGAUCAAACUUUCUCUGGAUACAUGAAAAAAUCUUUAGAUAUGGUUUAUGCUGUAAGACGAUGCCCAGUAAAUAGAAUGAGUUUGUGCGUCACAUCGGAGGCUGAAUUAGAAAAAUGUAUAAAAAUGAAGAUUGCCAUGAAAGCUCAACUAUUGAAGCCAGAACUAUUGUGCUUCAAAGGCCAUAGCCAAAUUCACUGUAUGCAAGCCAUACAGAAUGGGCAAGCCGAUGUAACGGUUUUGGACGCCAGUGACGUAUACACAGCUGGUUUACGUUAUGAUCUUAUACCCUUUGUCUCGGAGGUGUACAAUCUUGGUGCUCCAGCUUAUUAUGUUGUCGCUGUGGCAAAAGAGGAAGAUGAUAAUACAGAUUUAACAUAUCUUAAAAACAAAUAUACAUGUCAUCCAGGAAUAAAUACCGCCGCUGGUUGGGUAUAUCCACUAGCUUAUUUACUUUCAAAUAGCUGGAUAAGAGGCUAUGGUUGCGAUUCCGUUCGAGCUGCAGCUGAAUAUUUUACCAAAUCCUGCGUACCUGGUGCACUUAGUCCGGAGUAUAAUACUGGAGUACCUUAUGACAAUAUGUGCGAUCUUUGUCACGGAACGAAGGAUCGCUAUUGUCGUCGCGACGCCUCGGAAGUCUAUUACGGGCACACGGGGGCGUUCCGCUGCCUCGUGGAAGGCGGUGGUGAUGUGGCAUUUGUUAAGCACACGACUGUCGCCGAGAAUACGGACGGCAAACGUCGUGAGUUCUGGGCGCGCAACACAUUUACCAAAGAUUUUCAAUUGCUGUGCCCCGAUGGUACACGAAAAUCCACCCUCGAUUACAUGAGCUGCAACCUGGGGAAGGUCGCGGCCAAUGCCGUGGUCACGCGUGGCGGUUACUACGGAUACAAUAAAACACAGAUAAACGCGUACGCAAAUCUACUCAUCUACGCACAGCAGUUUUACGGUAGCAAGGAACAGGACGAAUUUACAUUCGGUAUGUUCUUUAGUCAGCCACCUUUCAGUGACCUCAUCUUUCAAGACGCGACGCAGCAGCUCACGAUCGUUCCACCCGAGAAACGAGAAUUCAGCGCUUAUUUAGGACAAGACUUUAUGAGAGCCAGAAGAAUCGUCGAUUGCACUGCUGGAUCAUCUUCCAUCGAGUAUUCGUUAAUUGGAACUAUUGUCACGAUUGCAAUGACGCUUGUUUUCGGAAGAUAAAAUGCCGAUUUACCCUUCUCACGCAACUGCUUGCAUAGAAUAUUAGAAUUUUCGUAAUGUUCGUUACACCGAAGCAAUUUCAACUUUGUAUUAUUAU